GGCGGCGGCGGGGGCGUAUCGAAGAUGGCGGCGGGGGCGCUGCGCCCCGCUCCCGGCUGAGGCGCGGCGCGGUCCCUGCGCCUCAGUGCGGCGGCGGCGAUGUCAGAGCCGGAGCACCUGGGCGGGAAGCGGGCCGAGUCGGCGCGGCUGCGGCGGGCCGAGCAGCUGCGGCGCUGGAAGGGCUCCCUGACCGAGCAGGAGCCCGUGGCGCCGGGGGGCGGCCGGGGCCGGCACCGCGGCGAUGGAGGGUCCCGCGUCCGUUUCGAGGAAGGCGCCGUCUUCCUGGCCGCUUGCUCCAGCGGGGACACCGAAGAGGUGAAGCGGCUGCUGGGCCGCGGCGCCCGCAUCAACACCACCAACGUGGACGGGCUGACAGCCCUGCACCAGGCCUGUAUAGAUGAGAACCUGGACAUGGUGAAGUUCCUUGUAGAAAAUGGAGCCGACGUCAACCAGCAAGACAACGAGGGCUGGACCCCUCUUCAUGCCGUGGCAUCGUGUGGCUAUCUGAACAUAGCAGAGUUCUUAAUUAGUCACGGAGCCAAUGUGGCAGCUGUGAACAGUGAAGGUGAGGUCCCAUCAGACAUCGCAGAGGAAGCAGCCAUGAAGGACCUGCUUCUGGAACAAGUAAAGAAACAAGGUGUAGACCUAGACCUGGCAAGAAAAGAAGAGGAGCAGCAGAUGCUGCAGGAUGCCCGGCAGUGGCUGAACAGUGGGAGGAUUGAAGAUCCAAAGCAGCCUCGCACGGGCGCCACGGCUCUUCACGUUGCUGCAGCAAAGGGCUAUUCUGAAGUCAUGAGGCUCUUGAUCCAGGCUGGGUUUAAUUUGAAUGUCCAGGACAAUGAUGGCUGGACGCCGCUCCAUGCUGCGGCGCACUGGGGAGUGAAGGAAGCUUGCUCCAUCCUGGCUGAGGCCCUGUGCGAUAUGGACAUCAGGAACAAGCUGGGCCAGACGCCGUUCGACGUGGCUGAUGAGGGACUGGUGGAGCAUUUAGAAAUGCUGCAGAAGAAACAGACUGUGUUGCGAAGUGAGAAGGAGACGAGGAAUAAGCUGAUUGAAGCUGACAUGAAUGGCAAGCCUCAAAGCAGACUCUUCCCCAACAAGGAGAAGAUUCUUUAUGAGGAAGACACGCUGAAGUCCAUGGAGAUGGAGGAAGAGAACAAGGACUCUAGCAGUUCUAGUUCUGAAGAGGAGGAAGAAGCUGAAGAAGAUGAAGUUUCAGAAUCAGAUGCUGAAAAGGAAUCAGAAAGGAAGGAAGAGCCCUUUGCCAACCACUCCAGCCAUGAAACCAGGCCUAGCAUCACUGAGCAAAUACCACCACCUGAGUCCAACUCCUUCACUGCAUCUGCCAGAAGAUUCAGUUGGCUCAGCAAGGCCGAGGAGCAGAAGGACGAGUCGCCUUCGUCGUGGCGGCUGGGGCUGCGGAAGACGGGCAGUCACAACAUGCUGAGCGAAGUCGCUGCUACUCGGGAGGCACAGAGAGACAAAACUGCUUCUAUCUAUCGUUCUUCCUCGAGCCCUCGCAUAUCUGCUCUGUUGGACAACAAAGAAAAGGACAAAGACAACAAGAGCUAUUUUGCCACAAUAGCCCCCAGAAGACUAAGCAGUACGAGCGAUAUAGAAGAAAAAGAAAACAGGGAAUCAGCUGUAAACCUGGUGCGGAGCGGCUCCUACACCCGGCAGCCGUGGAGGGAUGAGUCAAAGGGAAACGAAGCUCCUCAUUCUGGUGCACCUACUACCUACGUGUCUACCUACUUGAAAAGUGCUUCAUUUGGUAGAAGUAGUGACCUCAACAGUCCCUACAUUUCAGCCAGUCGCAAUACAUCUCUAGCUACCUCACCCACUACCACUGGUUCAUCUACCUCACUGGGCACCCCGUGGCAACCUGUCUCUUCCUGCCCCACAUCUCUCGGUGAGAACACUACUGCAUCAGCCCGCCAGUAUACCAGAGCCCCUUUCAGGCAACAAACUGAUUCUGCUGUAGAGAAAAAUACAGAGGGCAUCUCUGCUAGCACCCCCCUAGGUGUAAUCACAAACCGUGCUGUACUCGGCUCUGCUAACGGUAUUGCGAAUGCCGGCGCUGCCUCAACCGCAGGGAAGGACUUCUCAGCUGAGGAAGCCAGGGAGCGCCGAAGGUCAUAUCUGACUCCGGUGCGGGAUGAGGAAGCGGAAUCCUUGAGGAAGGCACGAUCCAGGCAGGCCCGGCAGACCCGCAGGUCCACACAGGGUGUGACCCUCACAGACCUUCAGGAGGCCGAGAGAACCUUCAGCAGGUCCCGGGCAGAGCGGCAAGCGCAGGAGCAGCAGAGCGGGACAGCCGAGAGCACCGAGCCCGCUGAGGACAGCAGCGAGAGGCAGGAGAGCCGCUCGCGGUGGAGCAGGAACACGGAUGAGGAGACUGUCUAUCGGCGAUUAAGGUGCCCAACACAACCAGACAAACCUACGACACCUCUAUCUCCUUCAACAUCAGCACCUCUCCUUUAUACAAGUUCGUACCUGACUCGAACAAAUAAGUAUCUAGGUCUUGACCCUGUGAACCCAGCAGACUUCAGAGGUGCAGCCACAGAGAUGGAGAAAAAUGAGUGUGAAGACCAGGAUUUGGACGACAGAUCUCCGAACAAACAGUCGAUCCGGGAGAGGCGGCGGCCAAAAGAGAGGCGAAGAGGCACCGGCAUCAUUUUCUCAACAAAAGAUGAUGAUGAUGAAGUUGAUGGAAAUGAGGAAGUGAAGGAAACUCGGCAUGAAAGACUUUCCAGGUUGGAAGCAGCUACGAACCCCACCAGCAGCGAGUCCUACAGCGACCGUGCCUCCAGCCGCUCCAGUGCCUAUAGCCGGAGGGAGAACCGGCUGGCUGCCCUCAGCAGCAGAGCGGAAGAGGAGAGUAACAGGGACUACAAAAAAUUAUAUGAAAGCGCCCUGUCCGAAAAUCAAAAGCUGAAGUCAAAACUGCAAGAAGCCCAGCUUGAGUUGGCCGACAUCAAAUCCAAGCUGGAGAAAGCAACCCAGCAGAAACAGGAGAAAACUUCGGACCGGUCCAGCAUGCUGGAGAUGGAGAAAAGGGAGAAGCGAGCCCUGGAGCGGAAACUCUCGGAAAUGGAAGAGGAGAUGAAGAUUUUGACAGAGCUGAAGUCAGACAACCAAAGGCUGAAGGACGAGAACGGAGCCCUCAUUCGUGUCAUCAGCAAGCUCUCCAAAUAGGAAUCCUGAGCACAGGCAGGACGAAGAGGGGAGCCCUCACGAGCUGCCAACCCCACCACCGAGCCCUACCCCCCCUUUCCUCCUGUCACGUACAGCAUUUCAGCCUGGGAUCAACCAGUCACCCCUGCCAUGCCCUGCCCUGUGCUGUACAUCCCUUUCCUGCCCUGAUUGCCCCCCACAGCACCCCUCUGCCAUUGGAUUGUUUUUAAUUUAAGCAUGUUGUGGUGUCUCGGACAUUUUAUUCAAGGGAGAAGAGAAACGUGAGGAUUGGGUUUGAGCUGCCAAAACGUCUUCUUCCAAAGCCCAGUGUUUGGUGUUGGACUCCAGCCUGGAGCAGGCAGCUCCUCCUUUACAAAAGUGAUGCCUAAAGAACUGGUCCAGCACAUCCAAGCCCUUUACAGGUGGGAAGUGUGAACAUGGGCUGGGACUCUGAGGAUGCACAUCAACCCAGCCGAGAUGUGGGCCUCUGGUUGAAAUGUGAUGCUGUGAAAGCCACCAGAGCUGAUUUCUGACGCAGGCUGACCACAGCUGCUUUGCACAGAGACCUUCUUCUCCUUUUGCCCCAGGAGACCAAGUCUUUGAUUUAAUACAAGAUUUGGAGCCUGGUCAGUAACAUCAGCGCUGGCUCUCAGCGGCAGAGCCCUCGUCCUUCACCCUGCCCUUGGUGUCACCUCGUAUCCAUCCAGGGUUCCUGUCUCAGUAGCAUCUGCUGAUUGCAUCCACACUCUUGCUCCUCGGGAUAGGAUGUAUCGCAGAUACUUGCCGAGCUUUCUGAAGGACAAGCUUGAGUCCCCAGAGAUCCUCUGCUGCUUUCACAUGCGUAUGAGCAUGAACCACCUUGCGGGGAGCUGUGCCCACACCAGACACCAGCCUCCCCGUCCUCACAGCCGUCUGGGACGUUGUCCUGCUGUCUUCAUGAAGGCAGAGCCCUGUAGAGGAGUCUGGUCUGGGAUUUCAGGUACCUCGCUUUGAUUUGCAGCAGGAGGCUGACCAAGUGAAAGCUUUGCAGAGAGAGGGCACGCCAGAGUCCCGUUGCAGCCGCCCAUCUCUUGGUGAAGAAGCUUGAUGUAGAUGCUUUCAGGGCAGAGGAGGUGAAGCAGUGGUCACUUGUCCUCCCACAUGGAAAGCUGUGGGUGCAUUGGUGUCGGAGGGACAAGGAGCUACCCUGGGGCAUGCUGGUAACUAUCGCUAGGAUAAAAGUCUUUGAAUCUGUCAAAAGCUUUCAGUAAGCCUUGACCUUGAAGGAAACCUCAAAAUAAACCCACCCUCUUUCAUGUUAUACGUACUCAGAACAAUUUGGAGUUGUUCUCUCUAUGGGCAUUUAGACAGUGGCUCCUCUACGUGCUGUGUGAUUUUGAUGGUAGCAGCAGGAACCUGCCAUCAGAUCUGUUGAGCUUCCCCUUAACAGACUCCUCUCAAACGAUACCUUCCCUCUCAGAGGCUUCUUCAUGUAUCCAAACCACUUUCCCAUCUACAUCCUUCCGUAUUCGUCCUUCCAUUUCCUUUAUGCUUUGACAUCCCUGCUCUGGCUGGCUGGGAGUUGCAGUCUCGGUCAUUGAACGUGGAGGUUGCCAUGAAGAAGUUCUACCUAGAUGCUGGGCACCUCUGCUGUUGGCUCACAGCUCCCAUUGGGCUGGUGGGACUUUUCCACUGUGAGAGAGAUAGAUGAGAUACUUGAACAUGCGCAUCGUUCUUGAGCUUGCUCGACAGGGUAACAUUUAUCUCUGUCAGAUAAAGAGAACUUUAAAUGGGCUUUUUGGACCUUUUAGCUGGUUACUGCUUCAGAAAGCGUGUUCUUUUCCUCUCCCUUGGGAUUUUUUUCUUCAUGUUUGUUUUUUUCCCCCCUAAUUCUCUCCUUUUCCCCCUCCUCAUCCUGCCUGUUUCCACCUCUCUUGCUCCUGUUGGAGCUGCCGGUGUUGCCAGGGCAGCUCUGGCCAGAGCUUCCUCUUCAGCCACUCUUCAGCCAGCGGAGCUCUCUGAGCAUGAGGUGCCGUUCCUCCUGGUACACUGAGGCCCUUCCUCUGCUGCUGUGCUUUGGGGAGGAGGAGACCAAAGCUGGUGAUGGCAUCAGGGUUUCUGCAGAGCACUGCCUAAGCCAGGCAUCCUUUUUAUAUGACUUUCUUUUAACCCCGCUAUAUUUAACAGCUUUAAGUCUCGAGCUCCGGGCAAUGCUUUCUCUGCACGCCGUCCCCACUUGGUGCACUCUCUCGUGUGAGUACUUCUGCGUUUCUUGAUGUUUCCUCUCUUGGUGACCCACUCCUCGCUUCAGACCCGGGCUCUCUCAGCUCUAAAGAGGAGCCUGGUCCCUCCUGUGCCACGUGGAGCUGCUGACCUGCCGGUAUGCUGACCGUGUACCCCCGGUCCUGCAUCCCAGCAGGACGGGGUUUCAGACUGAAGAUGCUGUUCUCCUCAUGAGGCAGGUUCCUGGCAGCGUGAAGGAGCCUCGUGUCUGCUUCAGGGAGAGGGUUCAACCCGACCUGACAGAUCCAUCCUGCACUGAUGUUUUGCCCCUUCCCACCCGGACGCCCGUUGUGUUUCAUCCUAAGGAACAGUGUGCAAAGGGUGGGGAAGGCUCGAAUCCUCUGCGUGGCACCUUGCAAAGCCAAACCACUUUAGAUGAAGCGUCUGCUUAGCACUGGAUUAUCCCCUGAACUCUUGACUAGGGCAGAGGACCCACUGACAGGUCAGCCAAAGCUGUGAGUAUUCCCUGAGGACGAUGCAAUUGCAAACCAAAUCCUUGAGAAUGAAUUCUUUUGGUCUCUUUUAAGCCAGAACCAGUGCACUGAGGAGGUGAUGAGGAGGACACUUUGCACUUGGACCCGGUGCAAGGCAAGCAGCUUUUAAAACUGAUCCCUAUUAGAACCAGAGCGUUUCCCAGACGUGCUCUCCACUGGAGAAGAAGCUUUUUCUCUAAGCAGUCGCUUGGGGUGAAUUCAUUUUUAUGGCUGGGGGUGAAGCCGCCUGUUGUGGCUGCGAGUUUGACGAUGGCUCUUUGUAAAUAAACUCCUUGGAGAAGCAGGACUAGCUCACGAGAUGGGGAGAGAAUGUAUUUUUAUGCAACUUUUGAGUGGCCUUUGAAACCCUGAGAUGAAUGAUUUGUUUUACUGGUUGUUGUUAUAUAGUAUUAUAAGUAUUAUGUGUUUGAAAGUUUGGGAAUAAUAUUCACAUCUAUGAUGCUUGUAAACACAACAGUAUUUAUAAAUGAAUAAAAUAAGAGUUGAUAAAAUAGAA